AUGGACCCACGCGAAAACUCCUCGCGUUCGUCUGUGAAAGCCUCUACCUCAAUAAAACGUAAAGUUUCACUUAAUCGUUCUAAACGCGCUACUCAGGGUGUGGAUGAUCGUCCAGCUGUGUUGCAGAAUGCGAAUUCGAGUAGUGGGACAAAGUUUAAACAGAUGUUUACCAGGCGGCCGUCUAUUUCAGAUUCACUCGGGAAGCGAGUGGACAUUGCGUUACUGACUUUUGGCGGGAACAACAGUGAAGCUAUGAACACUGCUUCUCCCACUACCACUUCUCCCCCUGUUACUUCUCCUAGUACCGUUACUGCCAUACAGCGUGACCAACAAGCGCCAGGACGACCACAGCGUAGCAUAAUGGGCAAAAUCAAACGGCCGCAAAGCGGACAAUACCAAUUAAAUUCUCCUUCCCAAACCUCUUUUCCGCUUGCUCCAACCGAGGAAGAACCUUCAUCGAAUACACCAAAUACAUCGCUCAGUCACUCGUCUUCUCUAUCAAGGAAGACAACUGGCAAAUUCCCAAAAGACAUUAUAAAUAGAGAUCAAAGUAGAUCCCCACAGAGGGAUGAUAAGCCUGAGAGAACCUUUAAAAAGACAAGAGUAUUCUCCGAUUCGAAACACAAAUCUAAGGCGAGGAUAAUGUCGUUGAUUAGUUUUAUCGACGCUGCUAAUGAAUUAGAUCAAGCCCAAUUCUUCCAAGAUCACUCUGAUACGGUUUUCGAUGUAAUGUAUAAAGCGUAUAUGGAUCAAGCAGAGAAAAUAAGACAGAGGACAGAUCGCCCAAUUGCCUUUUCGUCCAAGGAGUUUGCCCAUGUAAAUAGAAUAUUGUUGGUUUUGCGAAAAGUAUUCCUGUAUUUACCUGAUAGAAUACGGAAAGGAUGGCAUAAAAAGGAAAUUGCCGAAAUACUAAAUCAUCUCCUUGAGCAUAGAAAUCAUCCUAGAAUUCGAAUAAUAGGAUUUCAACUGCUUUUAUUAUGGCUUAACGACCAGACCAUAGAGUUAGCGGAAGCUGUUCGAUUAUAUGCAAAUGCAAUAUCAUUAGACUUGUUUGUGUACGAUCAUAUCAACAGUGUAGAGAAAACUUUUGAUUCAAACGAGGGUAGCAUCACGCUACAACAAGAACUGAUAAAAGCUGAAGAUGGAAUGCCGUUAUUUCCCAAUCCUCAACCGCCAACGUUACAUGACGUAAUCGCGCUUAUAAAACAUGAUCUUUCCUGUCUGGCUCGAUUGGCCCAUGUGGCAGCUGGGUCUACUCCACCGCAAGAGACGUACGAAUUUCCAGUCGAGAAUCUGGCUUAUGAUAACGGAAUUGCGGUUGGAAUGGGCAUUGAUGCUGCAUUUGCUGCUGCCAAAUUUCAUUUCGACCUAUUUAAGAAGCACUAUUUGGUGAAACUGUUUCCAGCAUGCGCGAAGAAAUUUGGUCUAUUAUCAGCGGAAGAGAAAAUCGGGUUCAGAAAAUGUCCACCAACGAUACUACGCAUUUUGAUACAGUUUUUUAUUGACUACUCUCUCGACAAUAACCACUUGGCCACCGACACUCCGCCUACACAUCCUUCGCCAGCAACUCCGAUAUUAAAGUCAAUAUUACUGACACCUGAGAACCGCGAGUUUAUACAUGAAAUAUUGAGACAAGCAUUGAUCCUGCCACCUGGUAGUUCUGCAUAUAAAGACAUUGUGCGAGGAGCAGUUCAUAUUAUUGGAAUGUGGAUACUCAGCGGAGAAGAAGAACGACCAUCUUUCCUUCGCAAAACUGUUACUAUGACGUCCUCGGUACCAACGAAUACUUCGUUUGACACAACCAGUUCAUUCAACGAUGACGCCCGUUCCACAGAUACGGGUGGAACACCAUCUCCUACUUUAUCGAUUGAUAAUUAUACUGAAGCGAAUAAAUACCUUCAACGAUACGUUGAACUAUUGAGUCUUAUAUUUAUGGAUCAUCCGUUGCUUACGCCCGAUGGCAAGAUGGCAAAUCUCGAACCAGAAUCGCAGGUUACCAUUUAUAAAGACGCGUUAUCAUUGUUUAGAGCAAUGAUGGCUGAAUGUACUAUCGAUCUGGAGCCAAAGACCUGGGAGAUUAUACUGGCAAAUUUGUUAGAGAUUCAACAUGGGAUAAUGAAUCGAAAUGAUAAAUAUGGGGCAAUAAAAUCAGUCAUGUUGGCUGAUGAUUUUGUGAAUUAUUUAGUGGAGACGAUAUUUAAUGCAUUUGUGCGAUCAAUGUCGCAAGAAGGCGAUUUGUGGCAAGCGCUGACAUUUGAGAUGAGCAUAGCUACUCGGUGGUCACAAACAAUCUCCCAGUGGAGAAAAAUAAUGAUUCGCCUCACUCGCAUCCUCUCUAAACAUCUUUACCAAGUGGACCUUGAUGCGCUUGAAAUCAACAGACGUCUUUCUGAAUACGCCAUAAACGAGAAAUAUUCACAUCGUCGUCUCCCAUCAAAAAAUAAAACCCGUCAUUUGUCUCUUCGCGAGUCGCGACAUAAGACUACAGGGAGCAGUUCGUCACGUGAGGAUAUGGUAUCGCCUGAUGUGAAGACACCUGAUAAUGGUAAACCUGUCCGCAGGGCUGUGAGCAUCCAUCAGGACAUGUCACCGCUCAAUGAGAAUAAAAUAUUGGGUGGACAGUCAUUGUUCAAUUUUGGCAAUAGCGAUUUUACUCCUGAGGAUUCUAAUAUAAAGUCCAACAGGACGUCAGCUUCAUCGAUUUUCACCCAGCACAAUUAUAGCACCGAGAAACUAUCGAAUACAUUAGGCAAUUUUAGAUGUGCCGAAUUCCUAUACAUAGAAAGACUUCCCUGGACGUCAGCGAAUGUUCUUUAUAUAUGGAAGAACAUGCUAGUUGCGUUAGGCAAUGUCAAUCGCAUUGAGAUAUCUCCCAAUCAUUCGGAAGCCAUUAAAGGAUUGGUGGAACUCUGGAGCAUGCUUUCAAUGAUACGUAACAACCAACCAUAUGACAACGUCCCAUUACCAUCAUUAUAUACUAACUUUGCGCCGUGGUUUUUUGAAGCGUGUGACAUGCCUGUUGCCUAUGCUCCGGGUCGCGCUCAAGCAUACGCUGGAAUGUGCAAGAUGAUGUCUCGUCGUCACGAACAGCCUCUUCCCUCUUCCUACUAUGCUCACUUCUACCGUUUGAUGCUCAAAGGCCUAGCCGAACCAGAUACCGCAAUAACCUUGGCUAUAAUAAAUAAUUCCACCCGAUUAUUUGCGCAAGGACUUCCCGGAUGCCAGAUAUUAGUGAGCGGUUUCAUAGAAUCAGCAAGGAAUGUGUUAACUCAGACAAACACGUCAAUACCAGAGUUAACCAGGCAGAAUGCGAUUACAAUAUUGUGUUCUUUGAUAUGUGUUGUGGGCCAAUCUGCAUCAGCCAAAGUGCCAGUAGUGCCAUACAAGGAUUUAGCGUCGAUUGAUCUGGAUGACAAUGAUUUGGACGGGAACGAGUUUGGAAGCGUAAAGUCGAUUAGAUUGAGUGAGGUGCGAUUGACGCUUAAGGAUACUCUUAUACGAUCACUCGAUACUGAAGAGAGUGUGCGUAAUCCUGAUACUCAUAUAAUGCUGUUACAUGGCAUCUGUACUCUUGCUUAUAAUGAGCUGACAUCAGUGGCAUGGCCGCACAAAUCUAUAGUGAAGGAAUGCUUCCAUGCCUUAGUUGAUCAAUUAUAUUGGAACCAUCUUCCCGUUGUAGCCGCCGCCGCCGACUGCUUGAGCGUGUUUGCUCAGAACAAUCGUCCGAAUCAGAACGAUGAUAGCAAGAUAUAUACAAGUAUCAUAGAAGUUGUUUUGAGCAACCUCAUUGGGGCUUUGGACGGACAUCUAAAUUUGCAGAGAGGAGCUCAGAGGAAUGGGAGAGGUUUUAUUAUUACCAAACUGUUUCAAUGUCUUAAUCACUGGUUAAUGGCCGUUCCUCCAAGAAUCUUUACAGAGACAGAGUUGUAUCAACUUGUGUUUGACGUAAUUGGUUUGACUUUCGAAGUUACGGGACACGAGCCUCAAAAACAAUAUGAUAAAUUACUUCCAACAAAACCGAAAAAAUCUCGUAGCAGAAAGACAGUCCAAAACUCUCCAAUAAAAUUCGAAAAGGCUGAACGUAGAGUAUGUCUCAGUGCUACACUUAACAAUGAACAUGGAGUGCACGUAGUGGGGGCGGACUAUCCAGAGGAUCCCGACUUGAUCAAGGAUGUAGCCGAGUGCAUAUUACUUCACUUGACUCAUCAUUUGGGCAAUUUUUCUCCGAUUCAUGGUGCUGCUAUGACAAGUAGUUCUCUUGUUGGUCCAGUUGGGUCCGAUCCUGCGGAGGACGAGUUAUCCGAACACUAUCAAUACUUUUCAGUUAAUGAUACUACGAUAAUUACACUGAUCGAAGUACCAGGUGAAAAAUCUACUCAAUCAAGGAUGAUCAUUAGGGAUAUCACUGGGAGAUACGCAUGGGAUUCAAGACUGUUUUUCAAGGCGCUACAUGAAGAUGAAUCAAGUAAGACAAAAUACAUUGGUAUGACUGAUGAACUAGAAGGACGAGAAAUGAUGCCAAAGAAGAAAUAUCGUGCGUUAUAUAGCAAACAAGAACGACGAUUGUCAUUCUCAAGUGAACGUAACGACAACAUUAAUGCGAUAGACGUAGAGAAAGUGACAGAACCUUCUAGCGAAUCCAACGAUUCUCCAACAUCAAAUACAUCCUCUGUAUCAUCAUUCAUUCCCAAACCUAGUUCGUUGGAUAAUCUACUCACAUACAUUGGUACCAAUUACCAUGACUGUUCUCCAUCUGGUAAUGUGCGCGCUGUAACUCCAACCCCGCCUGAACAACGACCCCGUCUGGAUUUAGUCAAACUUCAAAUGGACAAACAUAUAACGGAAGAGAUAUCUUAUGAGAAUGCGUCUGAUGAUCAGGCAAAGUCAUGGUAUGAUACAGUGAAGGCAAUUAGGAAUAGUAUAUUUCAUGUGGGAGAUUGCCAGAAAAAAUCAAAAAUGCCAAAGACUCCCUUAUACUCGAGGGAGACGUCACACCUAUCACUUGGAGCAGAUUUCUCGUUAUCAAAGUCAUUCUUGCCGUGUAUUCCAUGCGAGUCUGAGAAACCAACCGAGCCAUAUCAACACUGUCGACUGUUGUUAAGCCAUUUAGGAUGGUUAACUCCGGAGACAUUUAAAGAGAGUUAUAUAUCCCUCUUGAGGAAAUCGACUGCCAUAAAUCGUGAUCUGAAGUUACUUGAUAAGAGACAUCCGAGAGAAGUUAUCAAGAUUGCGGUGCUGUAUGUUGGGGCCGGACAGGAGGAUGAGUUGAGUAUAUUACGGAACGUGAGCGGAAGUGCAAUGUAUGACGAGUUUGUGAGUAGUCUAGGAUGGGAAGUCGAUCUAGCUACUCAUACUGGGUAUGUAGGAGGAUUAGAGCGUACGGGUGCCAAUGGAAAGAGCGCGACAUAUUACUGUGAUUCCAGUAUGGAAAUAAUAUUUCAUGAUGUGACCAAGAUGCCUAAUGACCCGUCUGAUAUUAAGAUGGUAAAGAAAAAGAGACAUAUCGGUAAUGAUCAUGUGCAUAUUGUGUGGAACGAGCAUUGGCGUGAUUACAAAAAGAAUACGAUUAAGGGUGAUUUUGGGAAUGCAGUAAUUGUAGUGAAUCCGUUAUCUAAUGGAUUAUUUUCGGUGGACGUUCAUCGGGAUAGCAAAGUGUCAAUGUUUGGUCCUAUCAGUCAGGGUAUGGUCGUGAGUAAACGGUUGUUAGGUCCUUUGAUCAGGGCUACAGCAGUGCAAGCAUUUCGCAAUUGCCUUCAUUCUAUUUUCAAUACUCCGGCCUCCAUGUAUAGGCAUUCGUAUAUAGAGAGGAGAGAUGAUCUGAGUAAACUGGUAGGGAAACAUCGGGCAAAGUGUGUCAGCUAUGCAGAGUUUAUGAGUAAGAUAUUGGCAUAUGAUGAUGUGACUGAAUGA